AUGCUGUGGAGAAUUAUGUGAGUCUGAGUGAUGACCCAGACUACAAAGGACGUGUGACGUACCGUGAGGAUGAAAGAGAAUAGUCACACCGUGACAAUCACAGACCUGAGAGAGAGUGACUCAGCUACAUACAAGUUCAGAUUUACAGAUCAGACUGGAGGAUGGAAAUAUACUGGCAAUCCUGGAGUCACUCUGUCUGUCACAGGUCUUCAGGUGAAGGUGACUGAUGGACAUCAGGAUAAGACACUGACCUGUAGCACCACCUGUACUCUGACUGGUAACCCCACCUACAUCUGGUACAAGAACGGACAACAUCUAGAUGAGAGCACCUCCCCCCAGUACAAAGACCCAGUCUCCAGUAACUAUGAAGACAGUUACUCCUGUGCUGUAAAAGGCCAUGAGGAUCUCAUCUCUCCUGCAGUGUGUGUCCAGGGUCAGGACUGCAAUAGAGUGACUUACACCAAGAAGACAAUCUGUGCCUUGAAGGGGUCAUCAGUGAACAUAUAUUGUACUUAUUUUAGUCUUUAUAAUAUCACAUCAUCACUCUGGUUUAGUCCUAAACAGAGUGACAUCUGGAGAGAUAAGUUGAUCCCUGAGGACCUAACCAKAGACCCAGMGUAUGCAGGUCGUGUGGAYUAUGSWGMAGAGAAUGAGAGAGGUCGCUCCACCCUGAGAAUCACAGAUCUGAGAGAYGAGGACUCAGCUGAGUACAAGUUUAUAUUCAACACACAGACCUCAAGAUGGGGAUACAGUUUKCCUGGAACAACUCUGACUGUCACAGACCUGCUGGUGAAGGUGACUCCUGCCAGAAAGGCAGGGAAGAGGACACUGACGUGUAUCACCACCUGUACUCUGACUGACAACCCCAUCCCCACCUACAUCUGGUACAAGAAUGGACGCAAAGUAAAGGAGGACACUUCCAACCUGUACUUAGACUCCUUUAGUGAUGCAGACAGUUACUCCUGUGCUGUAAAAGACCAUGAGGAUCUCCACUCUCCUGCAGUAUGUCAGAAGUGUUGGAGUGUGACUUACAACCAUCAGAGGAUCUGUGCCUUGAAGGGGUCAACAGUGGACAUAUCCUGCUCUUACACAUAUCCCAGUUAUCAUGAGAUCAAAAAAGCUUUCUGGUUUACUAAAUGGUCUGAUAUGGAUGCUGAAGAUCUAAGCUCAGUAGCAGGAUGUUGUGUUGGAGAUGGAUCCUACGUCUGUGUCAGAGAGGGAGAAUGUCACACUGAGAUGUAGAACCAAAUGUACACUGGACACCAUCACAGUCUACAGUUGGUAUAAGAAUGGACAGCCUAUACCAAACAGCAACACCUCCUCUCCUGUCUAUAGCCUAUUCUCAGUCAGCAGUGAGGAUACAGGCAGAUACUCCUGUGCUGUAGAAGGCCAUGAGGAUCUCCCCUCUGCUGAAGAGAAUCUCACUG